GUAGAGGCGGCCCGAGGCGGGCUGGUGAACGGGCCGCAGCCGCCACUUUGCAGAGUCGCCGCUGCUGUGGUGUGGGCACCUGGGGAGAUGGAGGGGCCGGGACUGGCCUCGCAGUGCAGGAAUCACAGCCAUGGACCCCCCCCUCCAGGAUUUGGUCGACAUAGCAUCUGUGCACAUGAGAACAAAGAACUUGAGAAGGCGAAAGAAACUGUUCCUCUUGUAGAGGACUCUAGUAACUGUGACAUUGUAAAAGCUACCCAAUACGGGAUUUUCGAACGAUGUAAAGAAUUGGUGGAAGCCGGAUAUGAUGUCAGGCAACCAGACAAAGAAAAUGUGUCGCUUCUUCAUUGGGCUGCUAUUAACAACAGACUGGAUCUUGUAAAGUUUUAUAUUUCAAAAGGUGCUGUUGUAGAUCAGUUGGGAGGAGAUUUAAACUCAACUCCUCUUCACUGGGCCAUCAGACAAGGGCAUUUACCUAUGGUCAUAUUAUUGCUACAACAUGGUGCAGACCCCACUCUCAUCGAUGGAGAGGGAUUCAGCAGCAUCCAUCUGGCAGUAUUAUUUCAACACAUGCCUAUUAUAGCGUAUCUCAUCUCAAAGGGACAGAGUGUAAAUAUGGCAGAUUUAAAUGGGCAAACACCUCUCAUGUUAUCAGCUCACAAAGUACUUGGGCCAGAACCAACUGGAUUUCUGUUAAAGUUCAAUCCUUCUCUCAGUGUGGCUGAUAAAAUACACCAAAACACUCCACUUCACUGGGCAGUUGCUGCAGGAAAUGUUAAUGCAGUCGACAAACUCUUAGAAGCUGGCUCUAGCCUGGAUGUCCAGAAUGUUAAGGGAGAAACACCUCUCGAUAUGGCUCUGCAAAGCAAAAACCAGCUCAUCAUUCACAUGCUAAAAACAGAAGCCAAAAUGAGAACCAACAGAAAGUUCAGACUUUGGAGGUGGCUACAGAAAUGCGAGCUCUUCCUGCUGCUGAUGCUCUCUGUGAUUACCAUGUGGGCUGUUGGAUAUAUAUUGGACUUCAAUUCAGAUUCUUGGCUUUUAAAAGGAAGUCUACUAGUAAUAUUGUUUUUUCUGACGUCUUUGUUUCCAAGGUUGCUGGUCGGAUACAAGAGCCUUGUAUACUUACCAACAGUCUUUCUGCUAGGUUCCAUUUUUUGGAUAUUUACGACUUGGUUCAUCUUAUUCUUUCCUCAUUUAGCAGGCACCCCUUUCUACUUCACUUUCAUUCUCAGCAUAGUAGCCUUCCUCUACUUUUUCUACAAGACUUGGGCAACUGAUCCAGGCUUCACAAAGUCUUCUGAAGAAGAAAGGAACAAGAAUAUCGCCACCCUCGCAGAAACUGGCUGUCUGGACUUCAGAACAUUUUGUACAUCAUGUCUUAUACGGAAGCCAUUAAGGUCACUCCAUUGCCACGUAUGCGACUCCUGUGUGGCUCGAUAUGAUCAGCAUUGCCUGUGGACUGGACGGUGCAUAGAUUGGUCUAAUCACUGCACCACAACAUUUAGACAAGAUGGACUGUGGACCUACCUCAAUCAGAUUGUGGCCUGUUCACCUUGGAUUUUGUAUAUUUUCGUAUUGGCAGUUUUCCACUUCUCGUGGUCAACAUUUUUGUUACUAAAUCAACUUUUUCAGAUUGCUUUUCUUGGCCUGACCUCCCACGAGAAAACCAGCCUAUUGAAGCAAAGCAGGCAUAUGAAACAGACUUUGUCCCUCAGGAAGACACCAUACAACCUUGGAUUCACACAGAACCUUGCAGAUUUCUUCCAGUGCGGCUGCUUUGGCUUGGUGAAGCCCUGUCUAGUUGACUGGACGUCACAGUACACCAUGGUCUUCCAUCCAGUUAAAGAGAAAGUUCUUCGCUCAGUUUGAAGAAAAGCACCCAGAUGCUCACUCUGAUUCAUUUUUGUUUAUAACGAUGCCUUGCGGUUUGAAAGUGAAGAUUCAGAAUUCGCCUAAGCCCAAAGGAAAACACAGGUGGUUUUAAAAGCCAUUUGGAGAAAACAGAAGCUCUUGAGAAAGGCGUUGCACUGUUUUAGAUUUGGCAAGAUGCAUGAUCUUGACACACAUCUAAAAGACUUGUAUAUUUUUCACCAGAAAAUGCGAGUUACUUUUUUUGGAGAUAAUAUUCCCUAAUUAUGGAUAAAAUGGAAUAUUUUCAGAUACUGUAUUGGUUGUUUCAAAAUAGCUGUAUUCUUUAAACUUGUAAUUUUUGAUAAAUUAUUUGUCUUUGUUAUAUCUAUAAAUGUGUAAAAAUAUAUUUAAAUGUGUCUCUUUUGCUUUCAUACAAUAAAUUUUUUUUUUUGUAGUUGAGAUUUACUUUCUGACAUGUAACAUCUGCAAAAUGUUUAAAGCAUGUAUGCAGGACAUAAAUAAAUCAUUCACAAUUCCAGGAAUGAGUUUAGAUCACUGUCCACAGCAGUAAGCAAGGUUUAACAUAGUUUUGUCUUACUUAGACACUAAAUGUAGGAAGUCUUAAAAAUUAAUUACUGUUUUACUUGUUGUUGUAUGCCACUGUGUCAAUUCUGACUCAUAGCGACUCUAUGGGACAGAGUAGAACUGUCGCAUAGGGUUUCCAAGGAGCAGCUGGUGGAUUCAAACUAACGACCUUUUGGUUAGCAGCCUGAGCUCUUCACCACUUUGCUACCAGGGCUCCCAUUUUUUCUUAGUACCCUCAAAAUAUUAGACUGGAGUGACUAUAAUUGCAAAUUUCCCUUGUUCUAGAAGAAAUACUAAUCCAAUUUUAGUUUUGGAAUAACAUAUAUAUGCCUCAGAGCCUGCCGCCUUCCUACUGAAAACCCUUUGGUGGGUUCCCAUUGCUCUUAGGGUAAAAUCUAAAAUUCUCAUUAAGACCCUGAAUGAUGUAACCCUGUUUUGUUUACCAAUCUCUCUCAGAACCACACUUUGUCUUCUAACCAUAUUCACCUUUCACUUCCUCAGGGUUCUAUUCUCCUUUCUUCUGCAGAGCCUUUGCAGAGAAGGAAACUGAAGUUUGUAUCUUCUCCAAGGUCAC